GGAGCGGACCGACCAACCUGCAGCCUCUCUGUCUUGUAGUCAGGCUUCCCCAGCUGCUCCGCCGAUCCGGACUGAGUCUGCGCAAUGGGCGCUCGUCAAGUGUAGGAAACCAAUCGCGCGUCUGCACCGAUGAACCGGAGAGAGUGAGAGACAACACACACACACACACACACACACACGGAGACAGACGGGAUGAAGCUCGGGCAGCACACGGACUGUUUCCUCCGGUAAACACGCAGGAGCCUGGACAUCACCGGCGGACAGCGGAGGGGGGGAUCUCGGGGACUCAGCCAUGGCGACGGGAGGAGGAGGAGGAGGUGGAGGAGGUGGAGGAGCGAGGCGGAGGAGGAAAGCGGGGCUCCCGGGAUUGUGCUGGAAGACCUGCUACUUUCCCAUUUUGUUCUGGGUCGUUUCCGUCUGCGGAGAAGAGAAGACGCUGAUUGUGGAGACGUGGCUGAAGAACUACGGCUACCUGCUGCCUCACGACGUCCGCACGUCGGACCUGCGGCAGGAGAAAGCCAUGCAGUCCGCCGUGGCCGCCAUGCAGCGCUUCUACGGCAUUCCUGUCACGGGAAUACUGGACGAGACGACCAUCGAGUGGAUGAGGAGACCUCGCUGCGGCGUCCCAGAUCAUCCUCACACCAGCCGGCGGCAGAGGAACAAACGCUACGCUCUGACGGGACAGAAGUGGAGAGACAAAAAGAUCUCCUACAGCAUUUCCAACUUCACCCCUAAAGUGGGAGAGAAGGACACCCAGAGAGCGAUCCGACAGGCCUUCAACGUGUGGCAGACCGUCACGCCGCUCUCCUUCCAGGAGGUGCCGUACUCGGAGAUCAAGAAUGAGGGGAAGGAGGCCGACAUCAUGAUCUUCUUCGCCUCUGGUUUCCAUGGUGACAGCUCUCCGUUCGACGGUGAGGGAGGUUUCCUGGCUCACGCCUACUUCCCCGGCGCCGGCAUCGGUGGAGACACGCACUUUGACUCGGACGAGCCCUGGACGCUCGGCAACGCCAACCACGACGGUAACGACUUGUUCCUGGUGGCGGUCCACGAGUUGGGUCACGCGUUGGGUUUGGAGCACUCCAACGAUCCGAGCGCCAUCAUGGCUCCUUUCUAUCAGUACAUGGACACGCACAACUUCAAGCUGCCUCUGGACGACCUGCAGGGCAUCCAGAAGAUCUACGGAAUCCCCACGGCCAUGCUGGAGCCCACCAGGCCGUUACCCACCUUACCUUCUCGGCGGACGCACCCGACCUCCGAACGCAAACACGACCGACACUCCCGUCCGGCGCGGCCGUCCGGCGACCGGCCGGCGCUGCCCGGAAACGGCAAACCCAACAUCUGUGACGGCAACUUCAACACCGUGGCCUUCUUCAGACGGGAGAUGUUCGUCUUCAAGGACCGGUGGUUCUGGCGUCUGAGGAACAACAAGGUGCAGGAGGGUUACCCCAUGCAGAUCGAUCAGUUCUGGAAGGGCCUGCCGCCUCGCAUCGACGCCGCCUACGAGAGAUCUGACGGCAAAUUUGUUUUCUUCAAAGGCGAUAAGUACUGGGUGUUCAAGGAGGUGACGGCUGAGCCGGGGUACCCUCACAGCCUGGUGGAGCUGGGCAGCUGCCUCCCCAAAGACGGCAUCGACACGGCGCUGCGCUGGGAGCCGGUUGGAAAGACGUACUUCUUCAAAGGGGACCAAUACUGGCGCUACAACGAGGAGAAGCGCACGGCCGACCCCGGGUACCCCAAACCCAUCACCGUGUGGAAGGGAAUACCGGACGGACCGCAGGGGGCCUUCAUCAGCCGGGAGGGAUACUACACCUACUUCUACAAGGGGAAGGAUUACUGGAAGUUCGACAACCAGAAGCUCACGGUGGAGCCCGGAUACCCCAAGUCCAUCCUGCGCGACUGGAUGGGCUGCGACCAGUCUGACAUCGAGCGCUCCGGCAGCAAGGGUAACCGCGGUGACCGGCAGCUGCCCCUCGACGACGUGGACAUCAUGGUGACCAUCAACGACGUCCCGACGACGGUCAACGCCAUCGCCGUGGUGAUCCCUUGCAUCCUGUCGCUGUGCAUCCUGGUGCUGGUGUACACGAUCUUUCAGUUCAAGAACAAAGGAGUGCAGCAGAACACCAUGACGCAGCACUACUACAAAUACCCCGUUCAGGAGUGGGUAUGACAGGCAACGCUUCUUCGAAGAGGUCAAAGCUCGUGGACUGAAGGGGGGUCGUGCCGUUAGUUAGCUUAUCUCGGCUAACGGCCUCAAACGCUCGCUAAAAAAACAAUGGAACGUCAGUGCUGAAAGACGCUAACUGUGCUAGCUAGUGGUAACAGGGCGCUCGCUGAAAAUGCUCUGUGGGAGUAGAUUUAGACUUUGGCUGAGAGUGUGUGUGUGUGUGUGUGUGUGUGUGUGUGUGUGAGAGGGAGAUUCGUGCCUGUCUCGUGACACAAGUACAAAUUAUUCCUCAGCGGGCGAAGAUCCUCGAAACACAACAACCGAGGACGGCGAGAUCAAGUCCGCAAAGUCUCCAGGAGGGAUCUGAUUGGCCGACAGCAUGAGAUGGGGUCUCAUGAGCAGCACUGAACUCUGACUUCUUACUUCUUCUCGGACCUACAACCCGACUCUCUUCUCAGUGAAAAGAAAAGAAAAAAAGGAUUUGGAGCAGAAAGAAAACGCUCCUUAAAGCCAGAAGACGCCUCCAAGUUUGUUCUUUACAGCAGCUUGUACACGUGAACUACUGAUGAAAUUUAAUGAAAAAAAAAAAAAACAAAACAAAGAAAAGAAAAGAAAAGAAACGGUUUGAAAACGUCAAACUUGAAUUUAAAAUUUAGGUAGAAAGGCCAUAACAAAAAGAAAAAAAAAACAAGGAUCUCUCUGUGGAGUUUAGUUUGAUUUACUUUAGUUGUUAUGGAGAUGUUAAACUGUUAAAGAGGACCUUUUUCUCUCUUCUUUCACCAAACACAACAAACAUCUUCAUCACGAUCACCUCAGACGUUCGUCACGUCUCAGCUCCCCUCAGCUCGUCAGAAAAGUGCUUUGAUUUACACGACUGUUUUUUUUUUUAACGGAUGUAAAAUAGCUUGUCAUCGGCGUAUAAUGACAGAAUGGAUUAAUGAGGGUUCAACAGCCUUAACUGUGUCCGACACACAAGCUGGGUGUGUAUUUAUUUAACUGCUGCAAGUGAAACUUUGGAUGUAAAGUGGAAAUAUUUCACUUUUACUUUUAUCCAGUUUCUUUCAGAUCAUAAAUGUUCUCAGAUCUGAGAAACCAACGUGUAGGAUUUUGAGAGACAUCCUGACGGGAGUGGAAUAUGAUGUUCGCAGUUGUGUUUUCAUGAGUGUAAAGUAACCUGAGAAUCGUGUUUUCGUUACCUUAGAAUGAGCCUUUUAUAUCUCCGGAGUGGAGCGAGUCCGCCAUGUUUCUACAAACUAAUCACCGUAAGAGAUGUUGAGACGAGGAAUAUUUAGUUUGUUGUCAUCUGCCACCUCACCACUAGGUGCCACUAAAUCCAACACAAUUUAUGUGAUUUACUGUGCGGAACGUUAUAGGUUAGGAUGAAUUUGAGGCAUUUCUCUCCAGGAUAAAGUCUUACUGUUUGUGUGUUCGAUCGGAUGAGGCACUACUUUCACUUCUCCUUUCUGGCAACAGCAUUUUUCUGUCGGGAGGCUCCUCGAGAUGUGACAGAGCUGAAAAAACUGCAACAAAAAAAAGGCGAGGAUAGAGAAAGGACGGGGACAGGGAGGCAGAAUAAAGCCGGGCUUCAGCAGUGCACAGAGGAUAUGUGGGUCUGUAUUAGUAUGCUGGCUGCGGCACAGCGACAUCGACCGAGCUUAAUGAAGUACUUCUGUUCACAAAGCUCUGAUAGGGGCUCCUCGCCCUCCACAUCCCUCGCUUUAAUCCCACUGUCCUCCUCUAAUUCUACCCGUCCAUCCGGCCUCUCCUCCAGCAAAUCUUUAUCCCUUUUACAUUCUCCUGCGUCCGUCUGUGCUGCUGCUUUCUUUACAUCUUUUUAGGUUCAGAAGCUCAUAGUUUGUCUUUUUGUUUGCAGCACACCAUCUGCAUCCAGUCUGCUUUCAUCACCAUUUCAUUUAUCAUUUAAGUGCUUUUAAACUGAGUGCCAACAUUUGUUGUGAAAUGUAUUCGUGUUUUGAUCUUUUAAAGUUACAUAAGACUGAGAGGCAUUAAAAGACAGACAUUACCGUGUAAAUAAUAACAGAGGGAGCUGCCAUUUUCUACAGGAGCCCAGAAUGGACAAACCAAACACCGGCUGCAGAGAGAGGCUUUGGAGAAGAGAUGAGGGAGGGUUAUUUGAUCACAGUCCUACACACUGGAUCUGGUUCAAAGUAGGAAAACCUGCAAAUAUAUACUUUAUUGUCCUCUAGAGAAAAUUUGUCAUGGAGUCAAAGUGCGUAGUGGACAGUAGUAGCUGCCGAUCAAACACAGCCAACACAUACGUGUUUUUCUCUCAUCGUUGAUUCUGGCCCGUUUGGUUUCAGUCGGUAUGUUCUGGGCAGUGUAGCCGAUUUCAACAGCUGCCAUUUUAGGAUGCCAACAUGUGAAGUUAGCUUCCUCUCUGAUGUAGAGAUCGGAGCGAUGCAGGAAGACUUUACCUGUCGUCCUCACAGGAAGCACUGCAGUUCAGACUCAGCCUGCUUUAUUUAAAAACACAAGCUGCAUCAUUUAAAUGUCAUUAACUCCAAUAUGACUCAUGCUGGUUCACGCAGAGGCCGGUCGGCUCCCCAGAGGGGGUUUGGAGUCCCCCAUCCGUGACCUCCCACCCGGGGCGAGAAAUCCCUGCAUCAUCCAGUCAGCGUGACGCAGUGGAGGAUGUAAACGCUGCUGUUUGGGCUGAGAGGAGAUUAUGAACUAACUGGAUGAGUUAAGAAAUGCCUCGUCAUCAUCACGCUACAACAGCCUCUCAGUUUUAUCUUGUUCCUGAAAGGAGUUUGAACUAUACUGUCCAUAUAUAUAUAUAUAUAUAUAUAUAUAUAUAUAUAUAUAUAUACCCAUGCAUACUGUGUGCACAUUAAUAAUGCAGCUGGUGUCUUUUCAAGGCUACACUUCAGGCUCCGCACAUCCUGUCUGCCUGUUUUCAUCUCUCUGUUGUUGUUCUCGUUCUCUGUGCUUUGUACCUUAUUCACCGAGCUCCCUGUCCUGCAGUAAUUGAAUGUGUUCUCGCCGCAUAUCCUCGCAAUUACUUGCCGGUGUCGAGAGCAAUUCAGCACACGCAGCAUUCAGCGCAGAUCGAUGUAGUUCGAUACCUUACGGAGCUAUUUUCCACCCGCUCAGAAAAACGUAGAUUUGUUCCUGGAGGGUGGAACAAUAAACACAGAGCGAGACGUUCUGCUCCUCGUACGUUUAAGUGUCUGCUGGAGGAGAAUCGUGAAUGUCUUUCCAAAGAAAAACGGCCUGUUGGGCCGAACUUGUCUUACUUACUUGUUUUCUCAGUGUGAGCGUGAUGAAGUCUCGAUUCAAAAAAAAAAGAUGCAUUUUUGAUCAAAAUUAGAAGAGCUGCCAACAUUUGGAUGAUAUGAAGGCUCACAUGAGGUUCUGAUUAAUCUGCAGAUUAUUUCUGGAUUCAUCAGUUCAUCGUUUUUUACUUGUUUACGAAGUUUAAGGUCAAUACAGAAAGAAAGUAGCAGGACAUCGUCACAUUCGAGAAGCCGGAAACAACAAAUGUUUACUUCAAUAAUGAAUCAAUGAUCAUAAUAUUCACUUUGUAAUGUUCUCUCAAUUGAUUGUCAGUAAGUCUGAAUACUCAGCAUGUGUUCCUGAUGGAAACUGGUGGGAAACAGUUCUAUAUACGAAGCUGAUGAGAAACUAAAGAUGCCGAAUGUCUGUUUUUAAAAUAUUUAUUCAUGAACAGUUUCUGUCACGAAGGAUGUAAAUCAGUCUUCAGUUAUUCAGUUACAAAUGUCUCAUUGAUGAAAAGAUUAUGAAAACUGAAAAGGAAAAUGGAAGUUGGCUUGUAUGUUUACUUACAUCAGAACUAGUAUAGAUACGGAGUCAUGAUGAAGAUGAUGACGGCGAUGAAGAUGAAGUCAUUAGCAGUUUUAAAGGCUCCAUUUUUAGACUGUUUAUCUAAUUUUUUGAUUGUCUUCCUCACUUUUAACUCUGCGUGUCGAUCUUUAAAACUGUUUUAUCAGCUGAAACUUCUAUUGAUGAAAAUCCCGUCAGGUUUUCUGCUUCUGUGCUCGUCUUGGACACGUCAGGCUGUAGGAGUGUAGAUGUUGUGUGAUCGUCGUGCUCGUUGACCUGGUUAUCAGCGGCGUGGUGUCUCUGCUCGCCGCUGGUGCACUUUGACCCGUUUCAGUCCUGCUGUUAACUUCAGUCCUGAGUGAUCCAGUCACAAGUGGACGGCUCGGAUCACGCUUCUCAAACCCGUCCAUCGCUGGGACGAACAGACUCAAUGUUUUUUACACAAAGACAGAAAGAAGCUCCUGUAGAACAUUUGCUGCAUUUACAAGAACGUCCAAAUAAUGAAGAAUUAGUCAGAGACGGACUUUCACGGAGCUUAUAAAGUUUCUCAGGACCAGAAGCAGAACAAACAAACAACUUCAUGUUCUGAUUUAAUGCUGAACUAACUAAAGGAAAUAAUAAUUUUGAAUUUUUAAUAGAAAAGUUUUUUAGGGUUUGUUGAAGUUUCUCCUCACGAAACAACUCUUAAAAUCACCACAUUUGUUAAGGGAGUGUGGUGAUGUUGAGUUAAUUUAAUGUUCUGAUUCAAUGCUGAAUUUACAAGAAGGCUCUGACGAUUUAGAAAUUGUCGUAAACAUUUCACAAAGUUUGUUAAAGUUUCUCCUCAUGAAACAUCUCUUAAAAUCACCACAUUUGUUAAUGGAGUCUGGUGAUGUUGUGGUGACGCGUUCAGUGCUUCUUCUUCUGAUGUAAACGCUAAGAAAAUGUGGUCAUACGCAGCCCAGACCACCUCUGAAUGAUCUGAUGAAUGAAGGCGUCCUGUACUCAGAGCCGUCCGCAUGCAGUCAGGAGGGUUGUUGUUGAUACUGGGUCUGAACCGGGUCUCUGUGAAGCUGCAGGCUGGUUGUGAAGCAGGUGAGUCAUCAGUCGAGUGUGUUGUGACUCUGUGGUUUAACCUGAGAGAUGAGGGAGAGUUGUAGCUUUGUGUCGGUGUGUGUUUUCUCCCUGAGGGGGGAAAUGUUUCAUCGAGCUAACGAGGGGUUUCCAUCCCACUCCAGCACGCCCACAUCCCCGAGUUCACCUCGCUGUCUCUCGCCGCCAUCGUCGUUCUUGGUGCUCAUUCAUAAUGUAAACGACUGAGGUGUAGGUGUUGCAUACAGGAUUACCGCUGACGUUGCUAUCAGGUACUUCACUGUAGGUUUUUUACAGUAGCAGACGUGCAGGCUGAUUAUAACCAACAUCCUUUAUAAUGUCGCAAGCCACCGAGUCGCUGCACUGAUGCAUUCUGGGAUUAAGUGCCUUGCUUCACGGCACUUCCGCAGUACAUGUUGAGGGGAGAGAAGAGCGCUUCUCACGCAGUUCCUCAUGCUGAUUUUUUCUGGUUGCUUGCUUGAUUUUUAUUAGCCGUUCUCACAUCAUCCUCAUCAGGUGACAGUGGAUUCAUUAAAGAUGCUGGCAGAGGGUCGUUUGUUGGAGUUUAUUCGGGGGGUCGGUGAGCAGGGAAAACCUUCUUUUAAAAAAAAAAAAUCAGUCUUUGCUCAGAAACAUUUGUUCUGCACUACAGAACCACCGCCCCCCUGCAGAGAGAAGAGACUGUGUAAAUAUUUACUGAGAUUUACAGAAGAAUAGCAGUUUACAAAAAAAAAGAACAGUGUAUUUCAGCAGAUGUCUGUUUGUGGAAAUGGAAGAAGGCCACUUGAAGAAAAACAUACUGUAGUGAUUUAUUGUCGCCUAUUCAUAUUACUUAUAAAAACACACAUAAAGAAAAUAUAUGUACGUGAGAUUUUUAAACUUUGCGGUGGAAAGUGUCCAUCCGCCGCUCUUCUUAUUUAUUCACAGAGGGCGAAGGGUCCUCUGGAAAUUUGCCUCUUUAAUGGUUGUUGUACGCGGACCUGGGACAAACUGGCACCAACACCAGUACUUUAUUCACGCCGGUGUCGUUGGAUUUGUCUGAAACACGACGUCACAUUCCUCCUCUUCUUCGGCCACCUCGCAUAAUUUACUGUGCGAGAGUUUAGCAUCGCAGUUUUCCCUCCGUUCUCCGGGAGGGCCGUUCACAUCGGGUCAUGUUGUCCCGGGUCUGCUGAUGUUCUGGUGGCUUUGGACAACAGUGAGUUGCCUUUAAAGGUAGACUUAGUUAUCUGACAUCGCCACUCCCAAACAGACGUGACUCUUGCCAUGGAUGGUCCAUCUGCGUGACAGAAAAUUCAGGAAACCUUCAAUCAGUCGCUUCAAUCUUUGACAAAGCAACACGAUGAUGCAAAUCUUUUCUGUUUUUCAGUUUUUAGGAUUCUGUGGACAUAGAAAUAAUCUUACACGUCUGAAUUCAAGUUUGUGAACUGUGUUUAAUCACCUUGUUACCUCAUUGUGAACUACACUUCAUUCAAACUGGACGGAAACUAAAUAAAACUCCUCUCCUGCUCAGAGCUGCUGUAAAUCGCCUCUGUACUUUGUCCCGUCUUCAGUUUAACCUCCGUCGCUCUCAGAGGAGAAGUUCAACCCCCGUUUAGUUGCCCUGUCGCUCGCGGUGACUCUGAGGUUGCAGACUCCAGUUGGCUAACAUGGCUACUUAGCUCCACGGCUAACUGAGCUACUUGCUAACAGCAGGUAGUAUUGAAAAUAUCAUGCACGAAAAAAAAAUAAAGCUACUGUCUUUCAAACAGUCCACAGACUUGUUUCAGUUGUGACUGUUUCACUAUGACGGUCCACCAUUUUCUCUCCAAGAAUGUUUUUUUUUCUAACAGUCACGUUUUCACGUCUUUGAACGCGUCUUCGCAGAACAAACCCGUCUGUGGCAACUGUUGCGGUGAGUUCAGAGUGCGGCUUCACGUGGCUGAGUCUUCCUUUAACUUGCCUGUUGUUGCCUUUAGUUUCUAACGUUCUCUUUUCUUAAAAAAAAAAGAAGAAAUAAAUAUACGUAGGUGAAUAAAAACAUAUCAACAGUAGUCUGGCCAGACUUUUUGAGGUUAUAAAAUAUACUGAAGUUCUUUGGAUAAUAUCACAACUACUACUACUACAACUUCUCGGGAGAUUUUAUCAGAUAUAGCUUUAAGAGAGAUUCAAUUCAGUUCGUUUUUCUUAUGAAGACAAAAAAAAUCUGUAAAUAAAGUUUGAUUUUUGUUUGGUUUUGGGUUUUUUGACCAAAUGGGUUGAUUAUAAAAUCAAAAUGAUAAAAAAUCGGACCUUGUUUCACUUCUUUACAUGCAAACUGAUGCACCGUUUUGUUUGUGGAUUUUUUUAUAGUCAUCCUGUCGUCCUCUCAGUCGGAUGUCAAAUAUCAGCUCGUGUAAAUACAAAAAGACCAACGAAAGCUUUUGAACAGUUUUGUAUUUUUAUUUCUUUCUCUUAUUUAAGAUGAAAGUCGUCAUCGUUUGCACAUAAUGUUGAACCAUUUUUAUGACGAUGCUUAUGUUUGAUAGGCAUGUUUACGUUAAUGACUUGAGACGAUUAUCCUGUAAUCCUCCAGUUUUAUUUCUAAUAAGAGGUUUUUAUUAUUUAAACUGCUAACAUGACUGGAAACAGAGAUGAUUCUUUUUUUUCUAUGUUUGCUUUGGUUUUACUGUCCCACGCCAAUUAUAUACCAAUAACACCGUCAUGCUCUGUUAACAAUGAAAUGUCAAUAAAAGUGAAAACUUCAUUGUC